CUUGUACAGUGCGCCGUGAGUUUUCAUCGAGGAAAUAAAAUAAAUAUGGAUUUCUACUACUUGCCCGGUUCCUCUCCAUGCCGCUCCGUCAUCAUGACCGCCAAGGCGGUUGGCGUUGAGUUGAACAAAAAGCUCCUCAAUCUGCAGGAAGGCGAGCACCUGAAGCCCGAGUUCUUGAAGAUCAAUCCUCAGCACACCAUUCCCACACUGGUGGACAACGGUUUUUCGCUUUGGGAGUCGCGCGCCAUUCUGGUCUAUUUGGUGGAGAAGUACGGCAAGACCGACUCUCUGUACCCCAAGUGCCCCAAGAAGCGCGCCCUGAUCAACCAGCGUCUGUACUUUGAUAUGGGCACCCUGUACCAGAGCUUUGCCAACUACUACUACCCACAAGUUUUUGCCAAGGCACCCGCAGAUCCAGAGGCCUUCAAGAAGAUCGAGGCUGCCUUCGAUUUCCUAAACACAUUCCUGGAGGGUCAAGAAUAUGCCGCCGGCGAUACCCUAACCGUGGCCGAUAUUGCGCUGGUGGCCAGCGUAUCCACCUUCGAGGUGGCUGGCUUCGACAUUAGCAAGUACGCCAAUGUGAACAAAUGGUACGAGAACGCCAAGAAGGUCACACCUGGCUGGGAUGAGAACUGGGCCGGCUGCCUGGAGUUCAAGAAAUACUUCGAUUAAGUGAUUUUGAUAUACGCGAUAUAUAUAUUUUAUAUAAUACAUAUUUAUUAAUGUUCACAUACCGAUUUGAAAUCGUCAAAACAUACUCGUUUGUAUGUAUGUUCGUAUGUUAGUUUGCACCAAAGCUGCUGGAUGCAAAGAGUUUUCUAUGAAAUAAAGAGUAUUCAUUUUUACUGAAUAAAA